AUGUUGAAAAUAGUUUUGAUAAGUGUUGGUUUGAUAAUUGGAUUUUCAUUGGAUAUUGUUUCGAUGUUUACGAAUGGAUGGAUUUGUGUGAAUCAAUAUAUUGGAUAUACUUAUUAUGGAAUUGUUCCAUUCAGAAAUGUGGGUUUUCAUUGGAAAUUUUAGAAUAAUUUUGUGUAGUAUAAGUAUUUUAGGAUAUGCCAUUUUGGUUUCGUCUUGGAAGUGUUCUUAUGUAUUGCUCUUUUGCCUCAUAUCUCAUUCUUGCGCCACUUUUUAUUUUUGUUGUGUAA